AUGCUUAGAUUCGGGAGUCAAACUGAGGAUCAGGGUCAGGCUCAAGAACCACACACUCAAGAACCACAGGCUCAAGAACCACAGACUCAAGGACUACAGGGUCAGGCUCAAGGAUUACAGGGUCAGGCUCAAGGAAAACAAGCUCAGGGCCAAGAAGUACAGGGCCAAGGACUGCAGGGUAAAGAACAGACUCAAAAACAUAUCCCCUUCCUCCGAAUCCCUUCCACUCCUUCAACCCCCGUCCCUAAUCCCCCCUUAUCGGCCCUAGAGAAACCCGUAAAGAAAAGAAGAAAUUUUAUUUAA